AUGCCGCUCAUCACCAAGUUCUCUUGCACCUGCAAGAGCUGCUACGACCGUGGGUCGAGGUGCAGUGGCCUUCAGGCAUUGGACUAUCACAGCGAUGUCGUGGGGCUCAUUCUGAGUGGCGACCAGUCUAUGAUUCGCGUCUGUGCAGGCGUUGGAGUCCAGCGAGUCGACAAAACCUGCCAUUCCACACUGCUUAUGUUUCAUUCCGACGUCAUCCAAAGAGAGAUCAGAUGCCAGGCCGAAUUGGGCUGUCGCACCGCCGUUAUCGAGUUCCUGAGCUUGACAGAGAAACAGGUCAGGUUUCUGGACGCCGCGAUCACAUGGUGCUACACAGGGAAGACGAAUAUCCAGUUCGAAGAGGCAGAUGACCACGAAGAUAUGUGGAACUUCGCCGUCGAUCUAGAGAUGCCCGGUCUCGCGAACUACUGCAUGAAGCUCAUCAUCCAGAAGUAUAGCUGGGCCGACAUCAAGGGUGAACGCCUGAUUCGCGAAAACCACGCUCGGUAUGGCCCAGAAGGUUUCCGCAAGGUAUGCUACGAGAACCGGGGAAUACCACGACGGAACAAGCUGCUGUGUUUCGUGGAGGACCUGAUUUGUACCCGAGGACCUCUGAUGGAGAGUGCAAUCCAAGGCCCCGACCGUCGGUCAUACGAUCAGUCCUAUAUCAACCUAUGGCAGAAUGCCCGCUCGGAGGACGAGGUAUUCGGAAACUGGUUGAAUCGACUUGGCGGCCUGUGCCGAGAAGCAGAUGCCCAACAGUGGCCCACCCACCCGACUCAAUGGACGAAAUACAUGAUGACUACGCCCAUCUACGCUCCUCAAAACAGUCUGACGGAGUUCUUAGGUUGUUACAAGGCGCUUCCAGCAGAGACGACGGUCAGACGGUUUUUGAGAGAAUUGAAGGACGGCGAAGUCGAUCGGAACCUGACGCGCAUGGGAUAA